GCGUCCUAUCCAUGAAGAAACGAAAACAAAAUAAUAUUCACCAUGUCAAAUCCCAGUAGUAGCGAGACUGCGCGGCCAAACAGCACCUCAUCUUCCUUCAUCCGCUGAAAUCAAUAUGGCUAUCCCAGUACCAUGUACACGUUUUAGUGACAACUAUGAACUAAAGGAAGAACUCGGGAAGGGUGCAUUUUCCAUCGUUAGAAGAUGUGUACAAAAACAAAGCGGAUUAGAAUUUGCUGCAAAAAUAAUCAAUACAAAAAAAUUAUCGGCAAGAGAUUUUCAAAAACUGGAACGUGAAGCAAGAAUUUGUCGAAAGUUGAAUCACCAAAAUAUAGUUCGGUUACAUGAUAGCAUACAAGAAGAAGGUUAUCACUACUUAAUAUUUGACUUAGUUACAGGAGGAGAGUUAUUUGAAGAUAUUGUAGCUAGAGAAUACUACAGUGAAGCUGAUGCUAGCCAUUGUAUACAACAGAUACUUGAAAGUGUUCAUCAUUGCCAUGUAAAUAGCAUUGUGCAUAGAGACCUCAAGCCUGAAAACCUACUAUUAGCAAGUAAAAGCAAAGGUGCUGCUGUCAAAUUGGCAGAUUUUGGGCUAGCUAUUGAAGUUCAAGGAGAACAGCAGGCGUGGUAUGGUUUUGCUGGAACUCCUGGCUAUCUUUCACCUGAAGUGCUUAAGAAAGAUCCAUAUGGAAAGCCUGUUGAUAUAUGGGCAUGUGGUGUCAUACUUUAUAUCUUGUUGGUUGGUUAUCCUCCAUUUUGGGAUGAAGAUCAGCAUAGACUGUAUGCACAAAUCAAAGCUGGAGCUUAUGAUUACCCAUCACCUGAAUGGGAUACUGUUACUCCUGAAGCAAAGAAUCUUAUAAAUAGUAUGUUGACAGUUAACCCAGCAAAAAGAAUAACAGCUUCUGAAGCUCUUAAGCAUCCUUGGAUUUGUCAACGAGAGCGUGUUGCUUCAACCCUUCACAGACAAGAGACAGUUGAUUGCUUAAAGAAAUUUAAUGCAAGAAGGAAGCUAAAAGGUGCAAUUUUAACUACCAUGCUAGCGACAAGAAAUUUUUCUAGUCGUAGCAUGGUAAAUAAGAAAUCCGAUGGUGGAUCGCAAGUGAAGGAAUCAACAGAUAGCAAUGCUACUCUUGAAGAGGAUGAUAUUAGAGACGGUUCUCAUUCAGGCCCCGAAAGGAGCAAAACAGUUAUUCAAGUUGAGCAAGUUAAGUCUCCGAUCUCACCUCAUCCCCCUGAUAAUAAAUUCACAUAUAAAAGGCCCUCUGAAACAAGUUCAAGUAUGUCUAUGGCAGCUUUAAAGAGCACCAAUGGAUUGCUAGAUCCUCGUAAACAAGAAGUUAUAAAGUUGACUGAACAGUUAGUUGAAGCAGUGAAUAGUGGGGAUUAUGAAUUUUAUACAAAAUUCUGCGAUCCACACAUGACUGCCUUUGAACCUGAAGCUUUAGGUAAUUUGGUUGAAGGAAUGGAUUUCCACAAGUUUUAUUUUGAUAAUGUCCUAGGCAAAAAUAGUAAAACUUUGCACAGCACAAUAUUGAAUCCAUCAGUUCACAUCCUGGGAGAUGAUGCUGCAUGUAUAGCAUACAUUCGACUUACGCAGUACAUGGAUAAAAGUGGGAUAGCCCAUACACAGCAAUCUGAGGAGACAAGAGUUUGGUGUAAGAAAGAUGGUAAAUGGCAAAAUGUGCAUUUUCAUAGGUCAGGCUCUGCAUCAUCUCCAUUUACAGCCGUUCACAAAUAAAUUUAUAUGAGAGAGAGAGACGCUGGAUUGCAGUCAAUGAGUGACUUGCACUAGCUGUCUGAAUCAGUGAAAUCACCCCACCUUGGCAUCAAAAGUUUUACUGCAUCUUUACAGCAAUCCUCUUUCAACCUUUUUGCUCAGUUAAUUCAGUUGCUAAUGAGCUGAAAGAGUUUGUAUGAUGUGUGUAAGUAUAUACACACAUAUUUUAUCAGCAUCGGAUUGAUGUGGUUUAUGAUUUGAAGUUAUGGCUGAUUCUAUUAUUGUAUCUGUGCAUUAAUCUCGUGGAGGAAUCACAUGUAUAACGAAAGAAACUCCAUGGUUAAAUCGAUUUUUUUUUUGUUUCAGAUUUGUUUUUUAUAUAUAGUAUUUAAAAUUUAAAUAUGAGAAUUAUAAAAAUCUACUUAUUUUCUCUUUAUAGAUUAUUUAUUUGUCAUUUUAUGUUAACUAUAUACACUGUCAUUUAUGAAGUAAACUGUACUUUUUUUUUUCUUGGCUUGUUUAAAAAGUAUGCUUUAUAAAAUUUACUGUAUUAUCUCUUGUAUGAAAAUUUUUGCUCUUCAUCAUCAUUUAUUAAAAUAUCGAAUUAAUUUAUUUCUUGCAUCAUGAAUUUCAAGUAAUAAAUAAAAGAACAAAAUUCGUUGCUUAUAAAUGUCUGAAGCUGAUAAAAGUGAUACAAUCACAGACCUGCCUUUAAAAUAUAUCGAGCUAUAGUAUCUAGUCAUUUAAAAUAUGUUAGAUAAAAGUUAAUCAUAGAAGUUAAACAUUUUUACUGGUAUUCUUUAUUUAUAACCAGUGAUGCUUCAAGUAUGUAUGUGUAUGUGUGCAAGUUUUUGAGCAUGGUUGUUGUGUAUGUCUGCUCAUUAGAUAUAUAUUUAUAUAAGCACAUAUUUAUCUCAAAAGCUUCCCAUUUUACAAUUAUUGACAAUUUUGAAUUAACCUUUAUGAUUUUCUAAAUUAUUCCAUCUGUGAUCCAAACUGACUAAUUAUGACAAAUCAUUUAGCAGAUGGUGCUUCUGUAUGGAAUGUUUCAUCUCAGGGAAAUCAUUUCAUUUCAGUAGGCAGGUCUGUCUGUUGUUGUUAAAUGGUUCAGUUUUAUGAAGUUACAGAGGUGCCAGUUUGACUUGGCUUAAUUUUUUCAGUUCUCAGUUGGAGGUAUUAAGUUAGCUAAAGAAAAUUACACUGUAAUAAAUUCAUCCUUUUUCAAACUAACUAAUAUAUUUAUUUAUUUUUAUUUUUAUAUAUUUUAUAAAGUCUUAAGUAUUUGCAGUAUAUAUAUAAUUUGGUUUUAAUGUUGUUUAUUUCGAAUUUUAAAACUGCUAAUUUUAUCCCUUAUAUGAUCGAUUUAUUUGAUAAUAAAAUUAAAGCCAUGUCAAUCCUUGAAAAACAAAAACAGAUUAUUUUUUUAUUUGUUCUGUCUAUUCAUAGAAACUUAUUUUAAUCUCUUAUCUUUUGAUUUGCAUUAUACUCAGUUCUUUUAUCUUAAAAAUAUAUGUUUAUAAAAAUGUAUAUUUCGUAUUUUAGCUAACUUAAAUUCAACUGAUUAAUGACUAUCUGAUUUAGAAUCAUUCCUGCAAAAUUUACUUAAUAUAUUUAUUUCUUUGCGAAUAAUUCAUAAAUAACUUUUAAACCAUUUAGGUAAAUUUUCAUCUAUCCUAGAUGGGAAAUAUUUUUUUAUACAAUGCUUAGCAUAAAAUAGGUAGGGAACAGGCAGUUGUUAAGAAUCAAGGCCUGAAAUUGUCCAAAAUGAUAAAAAAAUACUUAAAAAAAUAAUGAAGCUCAUGCACUCUGUAUAUAUUUAGUAUCUUUAUAAAAAUUACUCAGCAUUUUGUAUAGGACACUUUUUAAUAUCAAAAAAUAUAUAUGGUAAUGUCAUUUUGUAUUUUAAGAUCAUUGUGGACACAAUGUUAGGAGUGACUUUACUUUGAGCAACUGUUUGUUUCCUACCUUUAUGAUGUGUUCUAUGCUCAUAUGUGAGUAAUUUUUAUAAUCUAAAUUAUUUUAAUUUUAAAAUCGUUCUGAAAUAUUAUGGUUUAAAAAAAAAUUAUUGAUUUAUUGAAAUUAUGUUGGUAAGUGUUCAGACCAAAAUAUAUUUGUUUAACUUCAAUUGCAAUUUAGAAAAUAUGUUUUGAAAUUUUUAGAAAAAAAUGUAAUUGGUCAAAAUAUUGUUUAUUUCUCUUCACAAAAGGUUUUAUUAUCAUUUUGUAUCCAAUGUAUGGAUUGGCACCUCUGCAUUUAUGGGAAGUGUAGCUGAUUUAAUUUUAAUUUAAGAAAACUGUUCUUGUAUGUGCUAUGUAGGGGUGGUGUCACUGGUGAUGUAUAAAAUCUCAAGGCAGCUUUUUCCUUCAAAGAACGGAUAAUAUUUGAAGUAACUUUGUGUAACAUUGGAUAGAGCCAGUGAACACAUCCCUUUAAAAAAUUUUCUGGCUAAUGAAAUUAAGAUGGCACAAUUCUGUAGAUGAAAUAUGUGCCUGGCGUUCCUCAUUCUAUCUCUUCUUGAUGUCUAUUUUGUCAACUCUGGAAUCACCUUUAUUACUAUUAUCGGUCAAUGUUUGAUUACCUGACCGAGAUAAUGUUAUGAUAUGCAUCGAUUGAUAGAUAUUGCUCAAAUGAGUUUCCCUCAAUGAGCAUUUGUAUGUAGUUGCAAAGCUCUUAUUCAUAGAUUGCUAUGAAGAUUUUAAAGCAUAUUUUUAUCUAGUCAUAUUUUACUUAGAAGCAGUUUAUUUUGUUUUGUUUUCCACUAUAUCUUUAUGCUCAGUAUAUUAGUUGAGAUAUCUUGAUUUCCAUGAUAUAUGCUGUCAUUGUUAGAAUUGAAUUACGUUUUAUUUCAUUUGAUUGUUUGAAGUAUGUGUGUGUCUGAUUUUUUGAACUGGUUUUACAAUUUAUAAUGAAAACUGAAGAAACCUUAAUGACAUGGUGAUAUGUUAAGCCCUUUGCACACUGCCUUAUUAUUCUAGAGAGGAUUAGUAUAUAUCAGCAUUACAAAUGCUGUUUUGUAUCAUUAUUUAGAUACAUGACAUAAAUUUGUCUAAAUGGUACGCUUUACAAUAUAAUUUCUUUUUCUUGGUUGUCCAGUUUUGUAAAGGCUUUUCUUUAAUCCAAUUAACUUUUUAAAAAUUUCCAUGAAUCUUUCAAAUUUACUAAGCCUCUUAAGCAAAAAAAAUUUUCCUCUUGUAUAUGUAUAUGAAUUUGUACAUUAAAAUGUGCAUGAUGAUUCUAUUUGUAAAUGUUGUAGUUAGUAAUAUGUAAAGUAUACUUAUUUGUUUUAAUACAACUUGAGUGGUGCGGAUAUUUCAUAAAGCGGCUUAUUUCUUUUAAGUAUUUUGUGCUUUCAGUAUAUAAAGAAGCAUAUUUCUUGUUUAGUUGCCUCUUAAUUUAAAAUUGUAUUUUCUGACUGCAGGAGAAUUUUAAAACUUCUGUUAGUUUUUGCCCCUUGUACCUUUUUCAUCUCUAAACUAUUUCUGUAAAACAUAAUUGCAAUAUAAAAGAUACAUCUUAGCAUAAAAGGGCUUUUCUGAUAAGUAGUAAGAGCAAAGUUGUUAUACAUGUGUGUGUAUAUAUAUAUAUACAUAUAAAUUUAUAUAUAUAUAUAUGCUAUUAGAAAUUGAGGUGUACAUAUUUUACAUAUAAUGCUUCUUUCAUUUUGUGCAUUUUCAAUUAUCUUUUUUUCCCAUAUCAUGUAUUUAAUAAAUUGUAUCUGUAUAUUAAUCGUUUUUAAAGUCACAAUAGCUUGCUUUUUAAUUAGAUAUUUGACACCAAAACUUGCCUUUCAACUUCUAAAAUAUUUCACUCUAUUCUUGCAUGUUGCAGAGUAAUUGUAAUUCUUAAACAUUAUGCUGCUAGUUUUUCAGAAAUGUUAUAAAUUACCUGUCUAAUGUAAAAUUAGAUUUUUCAAAUGCUGUAGGGCAUUCAAUAAUGUAUUCAGCUUUACAUUGUAAUUGAGUACAAAUAAUUAUUUUUUUCUCACUUUUCAAGAAUGUAAUUAUAAACACAGGACAAUUUCCUUAUAUUUACUGAAAUUGUGACAGUAAUAUGAUGCCUUAUGCUUUCAGCAAAUCGUUUUUAAUCUUCAGACGAAUUUUCUCUCUAUCUCUCUCUAUUCUAAUUUUGGUUAAUUGUUUUAACAAAAACUCGAACAAACCUGGUUGUGCAAUAUUAUAUACACUUAAAUAUUCAUUUAACUGUAAGCAUGACAGUGCAUUACUUUUUAAAAUUCAUUCUUUUUUCCUUGUAAUCUCAAAGGAUAGUUAAUUUUUGUGCAUUAGGAAAAAGGAAUUUGAAAAUAUGAACAGUUAUUAAGAACUUCCAGAAAACUUAUGACACCAAAUUUAUUAAUCCUCAGUGUGCUUAAUUCAAAUGUCUACUGCUCCUUGCACAUAUCAGAAAGAAUUUUUAAGCAGGAAAAAACCUACCAAACAACAUAUAAAGGGAUAUUUUUCUCUUCGUUUAAUCUUCUUUUGUUGAUUAAAAAAAAUUGAAUAAUUUUUUAUUCAUAAGGAAUUGCUGUUUAUUGAAAAAAUAUUUGUGAUAUAUAUAUAAAUUAUAAUAGUCUGUCAAUUUCAAGCAUUGUUACACUAAUUUGUAAAAUAUGCCUAAAUGUUUAAUGCUGUCCCAUCCCCCCUUCCCAUGAGGAACUCCUGCAAUUAACAACACAUUUAAUAAUUUUGUCUUAAAAAGUGAAAUACAAAAUUGGUUUAGGUAAUAAAUCAUUGCUUAGUUUUCUUAAUGCAAUGUCAUGUUUAUAUAAACAGCAUCCAAUUAUUUAUUUUGUUUUUCCAUAAUGUUUUUUAAUGAAACACAACAUUUGUUUAUUUAUCGUAUCCUUACUUAAUCAAUUCUCAAAAUUUUAUUCCAUACACAUAUAUUCUUAUUAAACAAUGAUAACAUUAAUUAUAUUAAUGCACUAUUUAUAUUUAUAAACAUGUUUCUAAAGAAUCAGAUAAUUAUGUGUGUUUGUUAUAAUUUGCGAACUAA